CUCUCUAUCAGUCUCUCUCUCUCUCUCUCUGUCUCACUCUUCUUUGGAACUUUGAAGUCGUCUCCUUCAGUCAUCGCUUCCUUACAAACCUCCACAUGACCUUGAGCUUCACUUACUGAGUCAUCCAUGGCCGAUCUGUUUGGACUCGUGUAUCCGUGAAAAAGAUUUAAAAACUUUUAUACGUCUGGAAACUAGCCAAUGGAGACCCGUUUUAGAUCUGGUUUUUGUAUUUUAGUCGUUCUCGUUUGUUUGGGACUAUGUGGGAUUGGUUCGGUUUGUGCCCAGAACCGAAAACCGAAGAACGUGCAGGUCGCAGUUCAAGCCAAGUGGUCGGGCACUCCAUUGCUUUUGGAAGCUGGUGAAUUAUUAUCUAAAGAAAAGAAAGAGCAUUUUUGGAACUUCAUUGAGGCCUGGCUUCCUAAUGAGAAUGAAAGUGCUGAUUCGUUUAGUGCUAAAGAUUGUCUGAAGAAAAUUCUAAGACAUGGACGCUCUCUUUUAGAUGAGCCAUUGGCAUCAGUAUUUGAAUUCUCUCUUAUUCUGAGAUCAGCAUCUCCAAGAUUGGUACUUUUUCAGCAAUUAGCUGAGGAGUCCCUUUCUUCUUUUCCUCUGGCUGAUGAAAGCAACCCAAAUAGUGUAAGUGGAGGAAUCACAGAAACAAAUGAGUAUGUGCAAGCUAAAAAGUCAGACGCUUUAAAUGUUGGUCUAAACCCGAAAAGCCCUGGUGGGAAAUGUUGUUGGGUGGAUACUGGUGGUGCACUGUUCUUUGACAUUGCAGAAUUGCAAUUGUGGCUUCACACGCCCAGUGGAGAUUCAUUUCAGCCUGAACUUUUUGAGUUCGACCACAUCCAUUAUGAUUCAAGUCUUGGAAGUCCAGUUGCUAUUCUUUAUGGAGCGAUUGGAACUGAUUGCUUCAAGGAGUUCCACUCUACCCUCGUGGAAGCUGCUAAAGAGGGAAAAAUUAAGUACGCUGUUAGACCUGUAUUACCUACUGGGUGUGAAGCAAAAACUAGCCAAUGUGGUGCUGUGGGUACAAGAAAUGCUUUAAACUUGGGUGGUUAUGGUGUAGAACUUGCUUUGAAGAAUAUGGAAUAUAAGGCUAUGGAUGACAGUGCAAUAAAGAAAGGUGUGAGUUUAGAAGAUCCUCGGACUGAAGAUCUCAGCCAGGAAGUUAGAGGGUUCAUACUUGCUAAAAUUCUGGAACGCAAGCCUGACUUGACAUCAGAAAUAAUGGCUUUCAGAGAUUAUCUAUUAUCAUCAACAGUAUCUGAUACGCUUGAUGUUUGGGAACUAAAAGAUCUGGGACAUCAAACUGCACAAAGGAUAGUUCAUGCCUCCGAUCCUCUGCAGUCAAUGCAGGAAAUUAGUCAGAAUUUUCCAAAUAUUGUUUCUUCCUUAUCCCGCAUGAAGCUAGAUGAUUCAGUUAAAGAUGAAAUAAUUGCGAACCAACGAAUGAUCCCACCUGGCAAGUCCUUAAUGGCUCUGAAUGGUGCUUUAAUCAAUAUAGAAGAUGUGGAUCUUUAUCUGUUGGUUGACAUGAUCCACCAGGAUUUAUUGUUGGCUGAUCAAUUUUUAAAACUUAAGGUUCCACCGAGUACGGUACGGAAACUCCUGUCAACUCUGCCUCCUUCAGACUCUAAUAUGUUCCGUAUUGAUUUUCGUUCAACUCAUGUUCAUUAUAUCAAUAAUCUGGAAGAAGAUGCUAAGUAUCGGCGAUGGAGGAAUAAUUUAAAUGAGAUUUUGAUGCCAGUGUUCCCUGGACAGCUACGUUAUAUACGGAAGAACCUUUUCCAUACAGUUUCUGUUAUUGAUCCAGCUACUGUUUGUGGUCUUGAGGGAAUUGACAUGGUCAUGUCUUUGUAUGAGAAUAAUAUACCUAUGAGAUUUGGGAUUAUAAUGUACUCUUCGAAAUUGAUUAAGAAAAUUGAAACUGGUGGUGGUGGAAUUUAUUCAUCAUCCAUGGAGAAUGACAAUCAGAUCGAAGAUGAUUUAUCCAGUUUGAUUAUACGCCUGUUCAUUUAUAUCAAGGAGAACCAUGGAAUUCAAACAGCUUUCCAGUUUCUUAGUAAUAUAAACAAAUUGCGGAUUGAAUCUGAUGGUUCCACAGAUGAUGCUCUUGAAAUACAUCAUGUGGAAGGAGCAUUUGUGGAAACUGUAUUGCCAAAGGCAAAAUCUCAUCCUCAAGAUUUAUUGUUGAAGCUGGAAAAGGAGCAAACUUUCAAGGAACUGUCUUUAGAGACCUCCAUGUUUGUCUUUAAGCUUGGAUUGGCUAAGCAGCAAUGUUGCUUGUUGAUGAAUGGACUUGUUAUUGAUUCUAAUGAGGAGGCUCUUAUGAAUGCAAUGAACGAUGAGCUUCCCAGAAUACAGGAACAAGUUUACUAUGGGCAUAUAAAUUCUAGGACAGAUGUGCUUGACAAAUUUCUAUCAGAAAGCGGUCUUAGCCGCUACAAUCCACAGAUUAUUGCUGAUAGCAAACCAAGGUUCAUUUCUCUGUCUACAUCCAUUCUUGGAGGGGAGGUCGUUUUAAAUGAUAUUAAUUAUUUUCAUUCUUCUGAAACUGUGGAUGAUUUGAAGCCAGUGACUCAUCUUCUUGCUGUUGAUGUUGCAUCAAAGAAAGGGAUUAAGUUGCUCCAUGAAGGCUUACAAUAUUUGAUUGAAGGGUCUAAAGGUGGUCGAGUGGGCCUGUUAUUUAGUGGCAAUGAGGAUGCUGAUGUUUCUAGUCUCCUUUUCAUAAAAGCAUUUGAAAUCACUGCAUCCUCAUAUAGUCAUAAGAAAAAGGUAUUAAACUUCUUGGAGCAGCUUUGCUCAUUCUAUGAGCAGAAUUACUUGCUUGUGUCUUCAAAACCUGCUGAGAACUCUCAAGCAUUUAUAGAUAAAGUCUGUGAGUUUGCUGAAUCUAAUGGGAUAUCAUCCAAAGCAUUUAGAGCUGCUCUCACUGACUUUGCUACUGAUAAAUUGAGAGAACAGUUGAAUAAGGUGGGACAAUUUUUGUAUAGGCUACUUGGACUUGAUUCCAGUGUCAAUGCUGUUAUUACCAAUGGAAGGGUAAUAGUUUUAACUGAUAAGAGCACAUUUUUGAGCCAUGACCUGCAUCUUCUGGAGGGAGUUGAGUUUAAGCAGAGAGUAAAGCAUAUUCUAGAAAUUAUCGAUGAAGUAAAGUGGCAAGACUUGGAUCCUGACAUGCUAACAAGCAAAUUCAUUAGUGAUAUCAUCAUGUCUGUGUCAUCUUCAAUGGCUACACGAGAUCGAAGUUCUGAAAGCGCACGUUUUGAGGUUCUCCAUGCUCAACAUAGUGCCAUUGUUUUAAACAACGAAACUUCCAGUAUUCAUAUUGAUGCAGUUAUCGAUCCUUUAAGUGCAUCUGGUCAAAAGUUUUCUUCCAUUCUCCGAGUAAUACAAAAGUAUGUUCAGCCUAGCAUGAGGAUUGUACUAAAUCCAAUGAGUUCCCUUGUUGAUCUCCCUCUGAAGAAUUACUACAGAUAUGUAGUACCUACAAUGGAUGACUUCAGCAGCACAGACCACACUAUAAAUGGUCCUAAAGCAUUUUUUGCAAAUAUGCCAUUGUCAAAAACUCUUACCAUGAAUCUGGAUGUUCCUGAGCCAUGGCUUAUUGAGCCUGUUCUUGCUGUCCAUGACCUGGAUAACAUUUUGCUUGAGAAUAUUGGUGAUACACGGACACUGCAAGCAGUAUUUGAACUUGAAGCUCUUGUUCUUACUGGUCAUUGUUCUGAGAAAGAUCACGAUCCUCCAAGAGGCCUUCAGCUUAUUCUUGGUACUAAGAGUACACCCCACUUGGUGGAUACUCUUGUCAUGGCCAAUUUGGGUUAUUGGCAAAUGAAAGUCUCUCCUGGGGUUUGGUACUUGCAACUUGCCCCUGGAAGAAGUUCUGAGCUUUACCUUUUCAAGGAAGAUGAUGAUGGAAAUCAGAACAAACCAUUAUCAAAGCGUAUCGUCAUAAAUGAUCUCCGGGGUAAAGUAGUUCAUUUAGAAGUAAUGAAGAAAAAGGGCAAGGAGCAUGAGAAAUUACUGGUUUCUGAUGAUGAUGUACAAGAUAAUAAGAAUGGUAAUAGCUGGAACUCCAACUUCUUAAAAUGGGCUUCUGGUUUUAUUGGUGGGAAAGAGCUAUCAAAAAAGAGUGAAAGCACAUCAAUGGAGCAAGGAAAGAGUGGGCGACGUGGAAAAACAAUAAAUAUCUUUUCUAUAGCUUCUGGACACUUAUAUGAACGCUUUCUGAAAAUCAUGAUUUUAAGUGUCUUGAAGAACACAAAUCGUCCAGUUAAAUUCUGGUUCAUAAAGAACUAUCUUUCUCCUCAGUUCAAGGAUGUAAUUCCAUAUAUGGCUGAAGAGUAUGGUUUUGAGUAUGAACUAAUCACCUAUAAGUGGCCUACAUGGUUGCACAAGCAGAAAGAAAAGCAGCGAAUUAUCUGGGCCUAUAAAAUCUUGUUCCUUGAUGUCAUAUUCCCUCUCUCUUUGGAAAAGGUUAUUUUUGUUGAUGCGGAUCAGAUUGUGAGGACCGACAUGGGAGAACUCUAUGACAUGGAUAUAAAAGGAAAACCCCUUGCAUAUACUCCUUUCUGUGACAACAACAAGGAGAUGGAUGGAUAUCGAUUUUGGAGACAAGGUUUCUGGAAAGAACAUUUACGGGGAAAACCAUACCACAUAAGCGCAUUGUAUGUUGUGGAUUUGGUGAAAUUUCGACAAACUGCGGCAGGAGAUAACCUGAGAGUUUUCUAUGAAUCUCUAAGCAAGGAUCCAAAUAGUUUAGCCAAUCUUGAUCAGGACCUUCCAAACUAUGCUCAACAUACAGUUCCCAUCUUUUCACUACCACAAGAAUGGCUCUGGUGCGAGUCAUGGUGUGGUAAUUCUACAAAAUCCAAGGCAAAAACCAUCGAUCUCUGCAACAAUCCCAUGACAAAAGAACCCAAGCUUCAGGGAGCUAAAAGAAUAGUAUCCGAGUGGCCAGAUCUUGAUUUGGAAGCUAGAAAAUUUACUGCAAAAAUCUUAGGUGAUGAAGUGGACUUGCAAGAGCCUGUACCAUCUCCUACAUCACAAAACUCGAAGGACCAGCUGUUGGAGGAGGACCUUGAAUCUAAGGCAGAGUUGUGAAUUUAGAAUAGCAUACAGAAAACAUUGCUUCAAUUUCACUAUAAUCUUGUUAGAAAUAUCUGGGUUUAUUGACCCCUCCCUAUAAAGAUGUAGUCUCAUAAUUUUGAAGUUUUGCAGUUUAUUUCUCUAUUUUUUGGUACUCUUACAAAGAAUACAAAGAGUACAAAAAGAUUUUGUUACCUUUUUAACAUUUGAAAGCUCUGGGGUACUUUUAUCCUUGGAUUAAA